AGCACUUUAGCAAAAUUUAAUAGAAAUCUUUUAAGUCUUUUUUAUAUUUAAAAAGAUUAAUUUGAACAUACCAAAUUUUAAGGUAUAACUCUCCUUGUUACGUCUAAUUUAAAUUUCCCAUCUCUGCCAGUUUUUACCUCAAGUCGGGGUUUUUUUUGUUAUUCCGUCGAAAGUUAUCGCGUUUUCCCUCCUCGCGAUAAAUUUCAAAAUCUCUCGCAAAAACUGUGAUUAACCGGACAAAAGGUUAUCCGUUGUUUUUUUUUUCUUCGACGACUCAGUUAUCGACUCUACAUUCGGAAUAAUAAGUUAAAUUCGACUCAGUUUUUACGUCCUAUUACAUACAGAAACGACAAAAUUUCCGAGCUUUUCAAACAAAAAUCUCUCCGUAGUCCAAAACUGGGAAAAGUUUAGAGAAACAACAAAAAAACAAAUUUUGGUUAUAUAACGUGGUCCACAUUUUGGUAAGUCUUUUUCCUAUGGAUUCCCUGCUGAGGAAUUUGGUUAUGGAAGACAAGCAUAGAGUGAAUGGAUCCGGUGUUUGGGAUAGAGUAGCAAUACUUGAUGCUGGCGCCCAAUAUGGUAAAUUAAUCGACAGAACGGUUCGGGAAUUAUGCGUAGAAACAGAGAUAUUGCCGCUGGAUAUCCCGGCGUUCAACCUAAAAGAAAAAGGCUACAAAGCGAUAAUUAUUUCUGGUGGACCAAAUUCUGUUUAUGCAGAAGAUGCUCCUAGGUAUGACGCGGAUAUAUUUAGGAUAGGGAUACCCGUUUUAGGAAUAUGUUAUGGCAUGCAAAUGAUGAACAAGGAAUUUGGGGGACAAGUAGUUAGGAAGGAUGUAAGGGAAGAUGGGCAGUUUACUAUUGAUAUUGAUACCAAAUGUAUUUUAUUCAAGGGUUUAGAAAAAAGUCAGAAUGUGCUUUUGACUCAUGGUGAUAGUAUUGAUAAAGUUGCAGAAAGUUUUAAAAUUGUUGCACAAUCUGGCAGUAUCGUCGCUGGAAUCGCCAAUGACAAAUUGAGGCUGUUCGGUCUGCAGUUUCAUCCCGAGGUUGACUUGACUCAAAAUGGAAAAUCGAUGCUACAUUCUUUCUUAUUUGAAGUGUCCGGUUUGGCCGGCAAUUACACACUUCAGAGCCGAGAACUUGAAUGUAUUAAAUAUAUUCAAGAGGUUGUAGGAAAAAGUAAAGUUUUGCUUCUUGUCAGCGGUGGUGUAGAUUCAACAGUCUGUGCAGCACUGUUGCAUAAAGCACUUGAUAAAGAGCAGGUUCUGGCUGUACAUAUUGAUAAUGGUUUUAUGAGAAAAGGAGAAAGUGCCAAAGUCGAACAAUCGCUUCGCAAACUUGGAAUUGAUUUGAAAGUUGUAAAUGCUUCAAAACAGUUCCUACAUGGCACUACUACAUUGCCGGCUGAUAAAAACGAUCCGACUUCGCGAUCUUCUGUAACUAAAAUGCUCUGCAUGACUUCAAGUCCUGAAGAGAAGAGGAAGAUCAUCGGCGACAUUUUCGUCGAAGUGGCGAACGAUAUUAUCGCAGAGUUCAAGUUGAACAUUGAUGAUGUUUACUUGGCGCAAGGCACUCUGAGACCCGAUUUAAUCGAAUCUGCUUCAAGCCUUGUCAGUGGUAAAGCACAGACAAUAAAGACUCACCAUAACGACUCCCAUUUAAUAAGAAAUUUAAGGGAACGAGGAAGGGUUGUCGAGCCAUUAAAAGACUUUCAUAAAGAUGAGGUGAGAAUUCUUGGUCAAGAACUUGGCCUUCCUGGUGAUAUUAUCAUGAGACAUCCUUUCCCUGGGCCAGGUCUAGCAAUUAGGGUCUUAUGUGGUGAAGAACCAUAUCAAGAAAGGGAUUUCUCUGAGACACAAGUUCUCGUCAAAAUUAUUGUCGAUUAUGACCAAAUGGUCCAAAAGAAACAUGCUCUUCUGAACCGUGUCGAGAAUGCGACAAGCGAUGAUGAAAGAAUACAGCUGAGGGAGGUAUCUCGAAAACAACAUUUAGCCGCAACCGUACUUCCGAUCAGGAGCGUCGGAGUCCAGGGUGAUACUAGGAGUUACAGCUAUGUUGUCGGCAUUUCUUGUGAGAAAGAACCCGACUGGCAGGAUUUAAUCACUUUGUCCAAACUCAUCCCUAGGGUCUGUCAUAACGUAAAUAGAGUGUGUUAUAUAGCAGGCGGUCUGGUCAAAGACCCGGUUAUUGAUAUUACACCGACUUACCUUACUACACUUGUCCUCGCUACAAUUCGACAAGCUGACCACUUAGCCACUCAGAUAUUGUACAAUAGUGAUUACAUGUGCAAAAUAUCACAAAUGCCAGUUAUCCUUCUGCCGUUACACUUUGACAGGGAUGCUGCCCUAAGGGCACCAUCCUGUCAGAGAUCGAUCGUUUUACGUCCAUUCAUCACAAGAGAUUUUAUGACAGGGGUCCCAGCCAUCCCUGGGGUUCAUUUGCCUGUUGAUAUUGUUCAAAAGAUGAUGUCAGAGUUAGCAGCGAUUCCAGGCAUUUCCCGGGUUCUAUACGACUUGACGGCAAAGCCUCCUGGGACGACAGAAUGGGAGUGAUUGAUCAUUAGCACAAUGUGUUGUAUAUAAUUUGUGAUUAAAUUUUUAAAUAAG